AACGCGUCAACAACGCGCGUUCGAGCCACACACAUAGAAGCUAAGCGGCAAAUGGAGAGAUACAAUUCGAGGCGAGCAACAGCAACAGCAACAGCAACAACAAGAGACAACUGGGUGGAUGCCGAAGAUGUUGCCAAACGUGUCCAGAAACGCAAUCAGCGCAUGGAGAUGCAAAUGGAGGCGCAGGCGCUGGGCCAAAUGGUUGAGAAGAUGGAACUGGAUAUGGCGGAAUCGCAGGCGCAAAAUGGGAGGCAGGAGGAGCAACAGCAACUGCAGCAACUGCCCAGCAUGCCUGUCCUAAACGAGCCCGAGUCGAGCGAGCAGCAGCAGGAGCGCAAGCAUCGCCACAAGCACAAAUCCAAGUCGAAGAAGGCCAAGAAAGCCAAAAAGCGUUCCAAGCAUGACAGAGAGGCCGACUUGGAGGCCGGCAGCGUGCAGCCCAAGCGGCACAGGCAGCGGGAACGGGAGCGGGAACGGGAACGGGUCCAAGAGGAAGCUGGACAAUCGACAACAGCUGCGGGUUUGCGUCCGAGUCAUUGGUUCAAUCAGAAGAAACGCAUUUUGGAGCAAUGGCGACGCGAGCACAGCGGCAACAACAAAAGCGAUAACGAUAACGAUAACGAUAACGAUAACAACGAUAUCGAUAUCGAUAGCGAUAGCGAUUACUAGCUGACAUUCAACUGGAGUCUAGAUUAAGGAAAAUGCAUUUGAGGUUGCCGACGAUUGACCAACAACAACAAUCAACACAUCAAAGGCAUUUCGGCCCGGAGCCCCAAAGGAGGAGGAGGAGCUGGCAAAUGCAUUGAUCGAGGGGCGGAAUCCAGUUGGUGGGGCUAGGGGGAGGGGCAGCUGCAGACUGCAGACAGCUACAAAAGAUACUUGGGGGCAUGAAUUAAUUUAAAGCUAAAUGCAAACGGCAACACGAGCAAUAAAAUAAAUUGGGGAAAAUCUUUUGGCCGGCGGCGCAAACAGCGCAAAGUGCCAACA